AUGAAGCACAUCAGCGACUCAUAUAACUCAUAUCACGGUGAAAAGAAUGAUGAAGAUCUCACCGAUGAGCUUGUUUCCAGUGUUGUACUUAUCGUUAAGCGCUACAAAGAAAAUAAUGAUGGUCCAAUGGUAACCUUUGGUGACAAUAGUGGAAGAGCUGUUCCAGGAGUUGGAACUUUUGAAUGCAUAACGAUUAAGCCGGAGGACGUACUUUAUGUAGAAGGUCUGAAAGGAAACUUCAUCUCCAUCAGUCAACUUUGUGAUGCUGGUUACAAGAUCCACCAUUAUCUUGGGAUACAAGAUUUUUACGGUGAAUAUAUCUUUAUUAAUGAUUAUGUAAAAAGGAAGUCACUUUGUGGGUAUAAAUUGGGAAUUCUUCGUCCUAGCUCACUUUUACUAGCAAUUCAAGUAAUUAAGCUCUCACUCUUAAAAAGAAUCCAAAUCGCCGUCUUCCUCAAAGCUUUCAGCAUUUCAAAGUCCUUGUACGAGUUUGCUCCUAGCGCUAAUGUGAUCAAAUGUCCUCAUGCUCCUGACUCUACCAUCAUCAUUCCAUCUAUAAAUGUAGCAGUCUCAGGUGAAAUCCCAAAGCAAUUCGCAAACUCAGGAAUCGAAGAUUUUGUCGACUAUGUCAAGAGCGGUCAUCUUCGAUAUGCAUUCUGCAAUUUUCCCGACCAUUUUUACCCUAAAAAAGUAUUGGUGGUGGCGGUAUACUCCGGCAAGAAGAUGGGAAAUGGAGAAGAAGAGGGAAAACACAGAAGUAGAUCAGGGAAGAAAGUGAAGACGAAGCUGAUUUUAUUGUCGAUGCUCUUUAGCGGCGACGCCUUUAGCGGCGACGGACGACCUUUAGCAGCGACACAUCGGAGGGAAAACUAUCUGGGGUUUCUUACAUCGUUGGAUCGUUGCUUAAAUCGACGGAUGGGGUUGAAAUGA